AUGGCUUCACGAUUCCCACGCCAACGCGAUCCCCGCUCUUCCUCCUCUCUAUUCGACUCGUACGGUGGUGGCGACUCACGACCCGCAAGCAGGUCCCCUGCUCCGGCGGGUGGAUAUGGAUAUGGAGGGUAUGCCGGGCCCGCAGCCAAUGCCUAUCCCAACGGUAACGGCAGCGCGAGUUUUCGCAGUGCGACGCCUGAUAAGAAGGGCCACUACUCCGAUGCCGUGCUCUCAUCGCUUGAAUCUCAAAAUGAUGCCGAGGUGGAAGGUAUCACGGCGAAAGUGAAGAUGCUGAAAGAUAUGACGAUAGCCAUCGGCGACGAAAUCCGCGAUACUUCAUACCUGAAUACCCUCGAGAAUUCCUUUGAGUCUACCCGUGUAAAGCUCCGCGGGAACAUGAACCGCAUGCUGCGCAUGGCGGAGCGUACCGGUGUCGGCUGGAAAGUCUGGUUGGGCUUCUUUGCCGCUGUGUUCUUUUUGUUCUUUUAUGUGUGGUUGUUCUAG